AUGCCAGAAUUCCAAGAGUACCUUGAAAAUGUGCUUAUCAAUUGCAAUAGGAGAGAUCAUGAGCAGGUGAAACUAGGAUUAUCCCAAUUAGACGAAUUACUAACAAAGCUUUGCGUUCUUAAAUAUGAUGAACUCAUUUAUGACGAGGCUGCUGCGGUGAGAAACACUAAAUGCUCGUUAUCUAUCAAUGAACGACAAAAAAGUCCAAGUGAGACCGGCUUGACGCAUGGUUUGAAGACGCAUGGUUUGAAGAGUCGAUUUCAACGGAGAUGGAAACUGCCGAAAGUCAGCGAUGUGGUAUUUGGAGAAUUCUUGUGCCUCCAAGACAACAUACAAUACAACGUGGCGUCGCAACUCAUACAAAUCGUUCCGUUCGUUAGUACAUUCAAGGAGAAUGAGCCCCUGAGGGUGCUUUUCAGAAUUAUGCAAGGCUGCUUUCUCCUUCAUCCUCCAUCUCGCAAUUUAGUGACAUACGAGUCCAAAAUGUGUGUUUUGCUAGAUUUUCUCAGCCCAAGGUAUAGCCCACAGGUGAUCGAGGCUCUUAUUCCGGUUCUUGUGAGUUCGCUGGUUCGAAAUGUUCCAAAUAUCAGGAUUUUUGAACGAUUGGGAGGUCCUCAAUACUUAUGUGAAUUGUUAACAUAUAAGUCCGACGAUUCUAAUUUGGCCGUUGAAUGGAAAGAAGUACAAGUGAAAGUUCUGGAAUUUUUAUUCUUUUAUUUGAUCCCAGAGUCUCAAAAUACGGAGCCAAGCUCUUCGUCCAAGCGUCCAGUCGCGUCUAAGAACGAAAAGCUGAGUAGCGCAAGAAAUCAUGAGGAUGGCCACCGAAGGAAAGGGACAAUUGAGAAAGCUACAAUACUUAAUAGAUACUUGAAUGGGGAAAUUACUAAAGGUUUAGUGGCUGAAUUACAGACUAGCAAGCCAUUCGGUGAGAUGAACAUAGAAUGGUGA